GAGUGCACCCUGCUGCAUUUCCUCACCGUGAGGUCAGCGUGCAGGCAGCAGAGCUGACGUGAGCCCGUCGCCAUGCAGCCGCUCCUCUUGGGCAGUAGGCUCGCCCUGGCUCUUGCCCUCCUCCUGGUUUUGGAUUCUUCAGUUCAAGGUUUUCCUGUGCGCAGAGCCAGGUACCAGUGGGUACGCUGCAGUCCUGACGGCAAUUCUGCAAACUGCAUUGAUGAAAAGGGACCCACGUUCAACUUGCUUCCAGGGGAAUCCAAGAGAAUCCUUCCUCUGAGGACCGACCCUUCUUCAAUGACAAGACCCCAGAACUUGAAUAAUGUCUUCCCUCUUUCUGAGGACUAUUUUGUGUCUGGCUCUGGCUCUGGCUCUGGAUCAGGAUCUGGAAGUGGCUUAAUUGAAAUUGAAGAGGAAUACCAACCAGUAGAUGAAAACAAUGCAUUUUAUUACAACUUUCGGCCUCUGAAGAGAAAUCCACCAUCAGACAACCAGGACUUGGUUCAAGAUGGACCAGAAAAGAAUUUUAUUAUGUAAA